UAUUAAUUUUAAUUACAUUUUUUUUAUUUUAAAAGAUGGUUAUAUAACUAUAGACAUUAAUGGUAAACGUAUUUCCACCGCAAACACUAUGUCAGCGUCUAGAAAUAAGAAGGCACGCAUGAGCCUAGUGCAAUCCCCCGGUUUCGUUGAGAUUUCAUCCUCAAAAAAUAGGAAAAUAGUUUGGCACUAUGCCAAAAAUACCGAUAAUGUACAGAACUAUCAAGAAUUUCUCCACUUUCUCGAGCCUGAGCUGAAAAAAUUAUUGAAAACACGCGUUCAGGAAGGGCCGAUAAAAUUUAAUUUAAAACUCGAGGCGACCUACAAUCGUCCACAUGUAGAAAAUUCCUCAGAAAAUCGUGCUUUCAAAACAUCUGCUGUUGAAUUGUUUAGAGAGUCGGAUAUAUCAACAAUUCUUGGGAAAUCUUUUACAAAAUUAUUGAUGGAAGAGGAGACUUAUACAAGUAGAGGGAGUGGGUUCACGUUACAAACUAUAGACGGAUUAUUAUUGGCAGUUUAUAAAUAA